AUGUCGAGCAUACUGGAGACUUUGUCUAUGGUCAUUUCUAUUGUGGAAUUCAUAAUGGGGAUUUUUGGAAAUGGAUUCAUUGUGCUGAUAAAUGGCAUUGACUGGGUCAGAAAACGGAAGACCUCCCUGUUUGAUUUUAUUCUCACGAGCUUGGCCAGCUCUAGGUUAUGUUUUCUUUGUUCAACAUUUUCAACUAUCACUUUCAGUUUAGUGUAUGGGGAACGAUUUUACUUUAAGAGUAUUCUGAUGGGUGUUUCUGUCUUCUGGACAGGAUCCACCUACUCCUGCACAGCCUGUACCACCUGCCUCACUGUCUUCUAUUUCUUCAAGAUAACUAACUUCUCCAGCCCCAUUUUCCUCUGGAUGAAACACAGGAUGCACAUGGUGCUUCUUAUUAUAGUCCUGGGAUCAGCACUUUCUUUCUGCGUAAGUCUCUUUUUCAUGGACACGUUCAUAAAUAUGUCAGUGCAAUACUGGGUAAACAGGAAACAAAACUUCACAUUCUAUGAUACAAAGAGUCUUGACUACUUAGUUUAUUAUUCUCUCCUUCACAUGGCGCUCUUCAUUUCUUUUGUAGUGUCACUAUCCUCCUUCUUACUUUUACUCUUCUCCUUAUGGAACCACACCAAGCGAAUGAAGCUACAGGGCAUGUACUCUAGGGAUUCGAGCAUGGAGGCUCAUGUGAGAGCUAUGAAGGCCAUGAUUUCAUCACUGCUUCUUUUUGUUACAAACUUUGUCAGCAAUGUUAUGGUCAUGUUGGCAUAUAUUGCUGACAGUGAGGUGGCAAAGGUUUUUGCUCAUUUGCUCAUAUUUUUGUAUCCAUCUGCUCAUCCAUUUCUUUUGAUUUUAUGGAACAACAAGUUGAAACAUGCCUCUCUCUGUGUACUGAGGAAGCUGAAGUGUGUCGGGGUAAUCACUCACUCUCAUGAAUGA